AUGCUCUUGCUUGCCGCGUCUACAUUCCUCUACUACACUAUAUGGACCCUCCUUCUGCCCAUCCUGGACGAAUCUAGCCCAGUGCAUGCAUGGUUUCCCUCACGAGAGUGGGCCUUGCGCAUACCCGCCUUCAUCGUCGUCUUAGGAAUAUCCGCCAUCGGUCUGUUUCUUGGGGCACGCAUCAUCCACGAUAGCCAUGAAGAGAAACGACUUGAUUCAAGAAGGAAAGUGCAAUAA